AUGAAACUCUCCGUCCUUCUUUUCAUUUUCUCAUUCUUGGCUUUGUCGAUGGCUCAUUAUGCCAAAUAUCCCCAAGAGCUGAAAGCAAAAUAUCCCAAGUAUCCCGGACAAGCCGAAGAUCUGAAAGCCAACUAUCCAAAGUAUCCCGGAGAACCCCAAAUUGUGAAAGCCGACUAUCCCAAGUAUCCCAAACAACCCCAAGAUCUGAAAGCCAACUAUCCCAAGGGUUAUCCCGAAGGUCAAAAAUGUGCGUAUGGCAUGCGCUACGACUAUAUAUGCGGUGACCGGUCUUGUUCUUGGGAGUGCGUCUACUACCAA